UGGGUCACGAGAAAGGUUUGUCAGUAGCUCGUCUUAUUCCAAUCGGUAUCGAACCCAAUCCCCCAUUGGGCCAACCCGUCUCCCCACAAAGCAAAAAUAAAAAAUGGCGCAGAAUGAAGCAACCACCUACUUUCCUGAAUAUUUGUUUGUCUGGUGUCCGUGUAUAUGAAAAGAGAAUGGUUUGUUAUUUAAAAUGAAGGGCUUAUUAUAAAUCAAAGUAAAAAUUUCCUUGUUGAAAACGGCAUUCCUGUCCGCGCACAGUCGCUUUUCAGUGAGCUACUGAGUGUGUUGCUCCAAUCUUCUCCUCAGAACCACAGAGAAGGCUUGGCUAUAUAGGGGUUUAUUGGAGGUUGAAUCUCUGUUUGGGUUUGUGGCUGGAGGCGAAAAUGGAGAGAAAACAAGGGUUCUUCUCGGCACUGAAGCAAGAAGUGGUGAGAGGCUUGUCGCCAGGGAGGUCGAGAGCGAGGUGUGAGUCACCCAUGUCGCGCCUGCGGCGGAGGAGUAAGAAGCAGAACCAAGUGCCGCAGCCGGAUCUGUUGAUUGGGAGAUCCGGGAAUCUGAGGCCGGUGGAGACACUGUCCCCAUUGAUGGAAGGGCCGGAUCCGGACGGGUCGGAGUGUGGAGAUUCAAGAGUUGAAGGAGGGUGGGGGCAGUGGAUGAAGGGUCAGCUGUCCAGGGCUCCAUCGGUUUCGUCAUCUGCUUACAAAGGGUCCGAUGAUCUGCGGUUGCUGCUGGGGGUCAUGGGUGCACCCCUUGCUCCGGUUCACGUUAGCUCCACCGACCCUUUGCCUCAUCUCAGCAUAAAAAAUACCCCCAUUGAAACUUCAUCUGCUCAGUACAUAUUACAGCAAUAUACAGCAGCUUCAGGUGGGCAAAAGCUUCAAAGCUCCAUCCACAAUGCUUAUGCUAUGGGAAAAGUGAAGAUGUUAGCUGCUGAGUUUGAGACAGCUAACAAAGUCAUAAAAACCCGGAAUUCCUCCAAAGCUGCCGAGGGUGGGUUUGUGCUGUGGCAGAUGAAUCCAGACAUGUGGUAUGUAGAGCUUGCACUUGGUGGUAGCAAGGUUCAUGCUGGUUCCAAUGGGAAUCUUGUGUGGAGGCACACACCAUGGCUCGGUGCACACGCUGCAAAAGGGCCUGUUAGGCCUUUACGGCGAGCACUUCAGGGUCUUGACCCGAGGACCACUGCAAGCAUGUUUACCAAUGCAAGAUGCAUUGGAGAGAAGAGAAUCAAUGGUGACGAUUGCUUCAUCCUCAAGCUGUGUGCAGAUCCUGUGACACUGAAAGCAAGGAGUGAAGGGCCAGCAGAGAUCAUAAGACAUGUUUUGUUGGGUUACUUCAGCCAGAAAACAGGACUUCUUGUUCAUUUGGAAGACUCCCAUUUAACUCGCAUCCAAACUAAUGGAGGCGAUGCUGCAUACUGGGAAACUACUAUCAAUUCAUUCCUUGAUGAUUACAGGCCGGUAGAAGGAAUUAUGAUUGCUCACUCAGGGCGUUCAGUAGUAACCCUUUUCAGAUUUGGAGAAACUGCAAUGAGCCACACUAAGACUAAGAUGGAAGAAGCAUGGAGCAUCGAGGAAGUGGCAUUCAAUGUUCCGGGCUUAUCGCUAGAUUGUUUUAUUCCACCAGCUGAACUAAGAUUUGGUUCUGUCAGUGAGUCUUGUGAAUUCCCUCAGGGUGAGAGAGUAAAGACUGCUGUGGCCGCAGCAGCGGCUGCUGCUUAUCGAGCCAAAGUUGCAGCACUGGAGAAGUCGCAUGAAAGCAAUGUCAAUAAGAUAAUCUGGAAGAUGGAUGUUUAAGGAAGGGAUAGGAUUUCUGGCAAAUUGUUCAUACAGAUAAGCUAGGUAGUUGGUAUUUAUGGACUGAGAAUUUAGAGGGUAAAUUGCUAAGGUAGGGACCUUCUUGUUUGACAAAUUUUGGGUUGGAUUCAUGCCUCUCUGAAUCUGUAAAUAGAGCCCGAUAAUAUUCGAGCUCAGAAGGAGACUUGAGUAUGACCUCCCACAGACUACACCAACUAAUCUAGCUGUGCAUCAUUGAGCCAAUGAAGGUUCUUGUUUUUCUUUCCUUUCUUUUCCUGUCCUACCUUCCUUGUAUGGAUGUGUUUAAACCAUGACAUCAGUCGCUUAUCCUUUAUAAUGAUUUUAUGAAUCUUUUCUUCGAAAGCA